CCUCCAGACCGCCAUCGCCACCUCCAAUUGCCCAAUUGGCCGAAAAAAUGGCGCCUCUCGCUGGCCAAAAGAAAAACAAAGUAGAACUUAGAGGUGUACCCCAAUUUCCUAAUCGUCUACCCUUCUAUCGCUUCCCUAGUUCCCCCAACUCCCCAAGCCCUAACUCAGCUGACAGCAAGACUCCGCCUCCGCCCUUGCCGAGUCCCGACCACAAAGCUGCUGUCGACGACACCGGAGGACUCCGCAUCUCCUCUCCGGUCUCCGCCUUCGCCCAAGCUGCGGCCUAGUCUCCGCCUCAGCCCCUGCCGACGAGGAAGCUACUGCCCGGUCUCCGCCUCCGCCCCUGUCGACGACGAAACUGCUGCCUGUUCUCUGCCUUAGCCUCACAUGUGAACCAAGGAGAAGGAGCUAAUUGAGAGGCAUCACACAUGGCUUAAUGACGAGUUAACUACCAAAGUCAAUGAUCUCAUAAACCUUCGUAAAACUCAUUCCAAACUUGAGGCAUACAUGUCUGUUAAACUUUCUGAUGUAGAGAGGAAGUUCAGUGAAAGUUCUAGCUCUUUGACAUGGUACAAGGACAGAGUAAGGGAGCUGGAUUUGAAGUUGGCAUCCUUGGAGCAGGAGCUGUUAUCAUCAAAGGAUGCAGCUUCUAGGACAGAGGAACAAUCAUCUGCUAAGAUUUCUACUUUAAACAAGCUUGUGGAACUAUAUAAAGAGAGCUCGGAGGAGUGGUCUAAAAAGGUAGGUGAACUUGAGAGCGUGAUUAAGGCAUUGGAAGUGAGUUUGCUUUGCAGUUGGUUAUUUAAAUGAAACUCAUAGUAGAAGCAAGAUGAUGGGCUUUGUGAUGCCUUCCUACGGGUCUAAUGAGACCAUUUAACCUUUGUUUGUUUAUUAUAUUAGUGCUAUCCUUUUUAAUAGUGCAAAAAUGUACUCACUUUUUACAUGUAGUUCCAACAAGUUGAUUAUGAC